GGCGGCGGCGGCUCAGGCCGCGGCCCGGAACGGUAAACAGUGGGGUCACGUGACGCAGGCUUCGCUUUUACCCCCGCGCCGCCGCCGCAAGCCCAUGGCUGUGGGGUCUCGCACCGUAGCGCAGUCCUCACGAGGCGGGCGGUCCUCGGGCUCUGGGCGGCGGCGGCUGCAACGAGGAUAAAGAGGGCGGCGCAGAAGCCAGGAAGGUGUCGUCAGCAGCAGCCGCCGGACCCCGUGAAGAAAAGAGGCUGUGGCAGCGACGCCGACGUCCUGCGCGUACCCCCUCUCCGCGGCACCCACCGGGCCCCCUCCUCCUCCUCCUCCUCCUCCUCCUCCGCGGCGGCGGCGGCGGCGGCGGCGGCGGCGGCCAUCAUCUUCCUCUUGCUGCCAGUGGUAGCGCUCGUCUGGCGGAGCUGGGGUUGAAAGACACACAGAAGUCUUCAUGGAUAUAGUUGAUACAUUUAAUCAUUUAAUUCCUACUGAACACUUAGAUGAUGCCCUAUUUCUAGGAUCCAACCUGGAGAAUGAAGUCUGUGAGGAUUUUAGUACAAGUCAAAAUGUCUUAGAGGACUCGCUGAAGAACAUGCUCAGCGAUAAGGAUCCUAUGCUAGGAUCUGCAAGUAACCAGUUCUGUUUGCCUGUUUUGGAUAGCAAUGAUCCCAAUUUCCAGAUGCCUUGUUCAACAGUUGUUGGUCUUGACGAUAUUAUGGACGAAGGAGUUGUUAAAGAAAGUGGCAAUGAUACCAUUGAUGAAGAAGAACUGAUUUUACCUAACAGGAAUUUGAGGGACAAAGUAGAAGAAAAUUCAGUGAGAUCACCAAGAAAAUCACCUCGUUUAAUGGCACAAGAACAAGUAAGAAGUUUGCGACAAAGCACUAUUGCCAAGCGUUCAAAUGCAGCACCUUUAAAUAGCACAAAAAAAACAUCUGUGAAGACUGUAUCUGCCUCUAAAGCAGGGGGGAAACAACCAGAGAGGUGUCAGAUAAAAGAAGAAGCUUGUACAUCACCAAAGCCUGAGUACCAUAAAGAGAGCAGAAGGAGCAGUCGGCAUAUUGAACAAAUUGAAGUGGUACCAGAAAUAUCAGUGUCUUCAAGUCAUUCUUCAGUAUCAUCUUGCCUUGAAAUGAAGGAUGAAGCUGAAUUAGAUUCUAAGCAGAAGUGUAAUAAUCAGGGGAAAGCAAAUGUGCCAUCUCAUGAAUUAAAUUGUCCACUCCUUUCAGAGACUUGCGAUGGUAUCGAAGAAAAGAAAAAUGAAGCUCUGAUGGAAUGUAAAAUCAAGACUAAGACUGUUAGUAGCACAUCGUUUACAUUUUCAGAUAAAGAAGAACAUGAACAGAAUGAUUCUAUUGCGGAUAAAAUGGAUGAGACUAUUGCUGAAGAAAUGAGGACAAAGGAAAAAGUUGAACAAGAAUCAAAGGAAACAGUAAAAUUAUCUCAUGAAGAUGACCAAAUUGUUGAGGAACCUGCAUCUUCUGCUCUGUCUGGUGAUGCUGCUUGUACAAAUAAGACUGAAAAGAACCUUGUAGGUUUGUCUGGUUCUGGGGAUGAAGUACAAGAAUGUCAUUUGGAAUUGAAGAAUACCAUGGAAUCUGACAAAACUAGGAAUUCCCUUCAUAGAAAUGAAAUAGAACCAUUGGGUUAUUGUAAAGACAUAGAGUCUAAUCAUAAGCAGUUGGAGAACACUGAAUUUAACAAAUCAAACUUUGAGGUGGUUGAUACUAGUGCUUCAGAACCAGAAAGUAGUAUUGUAGGACAUGCUGUUUGUGAUGUGCCUGACCAAAGUUCAAAACAGUUGAAUGUCGUUGAAAGAAUUAAAAUAGAGUCUCAUGAAACAGCAAACCUUCAGGAUGACAGAAACAACCCGUCAAGUAGUGUUUCUUGCUUAGAGUCAAAAAACAUAAAAUCCAAACACAGAAAACUUGUAAUUCAUUCUAAGCAAAACAUGACCACAAAUACUCUGAAAAAACUUGUUGGAGCAAAGCAUGAAUUGAUGCAUAACAAAACUAAAGCUAGUGUCAAAAGUGUGAAACGAAAUGCUGAUGAACGAGAACCUCAACAAAAUUUUCAUAGGCCAGUCAAAGUGAGAAAAAAACAAGUUGAUAGGGAUUUAAAGAUUCAGAGUUGCAAUUCUGGGGUUAAGUCUGUGAAAAAUCAAGCUCAUUCUAUAUCGAAAAAAAUGCAAGAUCAAAAUUUAGUACAGAUUUCCAAACCUGUAACUCAUUCGUUGAGUGAUAAACCUCAUGGGGGUUGCUCUAAGGAGCCUCAUCAUCCUGCACAAACUGGACAUUUAUUACAUUCCUGCCAGAAACAGUGCCAUAAGUCCCAGCAGCUGGCUCCCACUGUGAAAACCAAUAGUCUUGUGAAGGAAGAGCUUGAACAUGCAGGUGGUACAGAGCAUUUUAAGGAGGAGGAUAAACUGAAACUAAAAAAACCUGAGAAGAACCUACAGCCCCGCCAAAGAAGGAGCAGCAAAAGUUUUUCUUUGGAUGAGCCACCAUUGUUCAUUCCAGAUAACAUAGCUACCAUAAAAAAAGAAGGCUUAGAUCAUAGCUCUUCAUUUGAAAGCAAAUAUGUGUGGACUCCGAGCAAACAGUGUGGGUUUUGCAAAAAACCACAUGGCAACAGAUUUAUGGUUGGCUGUGGAAGAUGUGAUGACUGGUUUCAUGGCGAUUGUGUUGGGUUAAGUCUAUCUCAAGCACAACAAAUGGGAGAGGAAGACAAAGAGUAUGUGUGUGUGAAAUGUUGUGCUGAAGAAGAUAAAAAGACUGAAAUAGCAGAUUCAGGUAUUUUGGAAAACCAAGCUAAAGUUGAAGUCCAUAGUGAAGACAAAACAAUGGAAUAUGAAAAGUUUGGAUUAUCAAAGCAUACAUCAACAAAUGACAAAACCAAGUAUAUAGAUGAUACAGUGAAGCACAAGGUCAAAAUUUUAAAACGGGAAUCUGGUGAAGGCAAAAACUCAUCAGACUGUAGAGAUAAUGAAAUGAAAAAAUGGCAGCUAGCUCCCCUUCGAAAGAUGGGACAACAAGCAUUACCUCGGAGAGCCUCAGAAGAAAAAAAUGAAAAAAUGCCAAAAGAUUCUACAAGUGUUUGUACAGGAGAAAAAGCAUCAAAACUAGGUGCUCAAGAGAAGCAAGAGAUAAAGAAGAAGAAAACUGAAAAAGGAGUAUCCAAUGUGCAUCCACCCACUGCUGCUACUGCCAAGCCUUCUGCAGAUCAGAUCAGACAAAGUGUCAGACAUUCUCUCAAAGACAUUCUUAUGAAAAGACUUACAGACUCAAAUUUGAAGGUACCAGAGGAAAAGGCAGCAAAAGUUGCCACAAAAAUUGAAAAAGAGCUUUUCUCUUUUUUUCGGGACACAGAUGCUAAAUAUAAGAACAAAUAUAGAAGUUUGAUGUUCAAUCUGAAAGAUCCUAAAAACAAUAUAUUAUUUAAAAAAGUACUGAAAGGAGAAGUAACCCCUGAUCAUCUUAUAAGAAUGAGUCCAGAAGAACUAGCUUCUAAGGAGUUAGCUGCUUGGAGACGAAGAGAAAACAGACAUACCAUAGAGAUGAUUGAGAAAGAGCAGAGAGAAGUGGAAAGACGACCAAUCACAAAAAUAACUCAUAAAGGUGAAAUAGAAAUUGAGAGUGAUGCUCCAAUGAAAGAACAGGAUGCAGCCAUGGAGAUUCAGGAACAUGCAGGUAAUAAGUCAUUAGAAAAGACCGAAGGAUCUGAAAAACAAAAAGAAGAGAUUGACUCCAUGUCUAAAGAUACCACUAGUCAACACAGACAACAUCUUUUUGAUCUUAACUGCAAAAUUUGCAUAGGGCGAAUGGCACCACCUGUAGAUGAUCUUUCUCCGAAAAAGGUGAAAGUUGUUGUUGGAGUAUCUCGUAAACAUUCAGACAAUGAAGCAGAAAGUAUAGCAGAUGCGUUGUCUUCAACCUCGAAUAUUUUGGCUUCUGAAUUCUUUGAGGAAGAGAAACAGGAGUCUCCAAAGUCUACAUUCUCUCCUGCUCCACGUCCAGAGAUGCCUGGAACUGUUGAAGUUGAGUCUACGUUCCUAGCUCGAUUGAACUUCAUCUGGAAAGGUUUUAUCAACAUGCCUUCUGUGGCAAAAUUUGUUACCAAAGCCUACCCAGUGUCUGGUUCCCCUGAGUACCUGACAGAGGAUCUACCAGAUAGUAUUCAAGUAGGUGGCAGGAUAUCACCUCAGACUGUUUGGGAUUAUGUGGAAAAAAUUAAAGCAUCUGGAACCAAGGAAAUUUGUGUGGUUCGCUUCACACCCGUAACUGAAGAAGAUCAAAUUUCUUAUACUUUGCUGUUUGCAUACUUCAGUAGCAGAAAGCGCUAUGGGGUAGCUGCUAACAACAUGAAGCAGGUUAAAGAUAUGUACCUUAUUCCUUUGGGUGCCACAGAUAAAAUACCACAUCCACUUGUGCCUUUUGAUGGACCUGGGCUCGAACUGCAUAGACCUAAUCUGUUGUUGGGCUUAAUUAUUCGUCAAAAACUGAAGCGGCAACAUAGUGCUAGUGCCAGUGCCAGUCAUACUGCGGAGACCUCUGAAAGUGUACCGAUAGCAUUGCCACCUGAGAAAAAAAGUAAAAUAGAAGUUUCCACAGAGGAAGGACCAGAGGAAGAAAAUGACUUUUUUAAUUCUUUUACGACUGUAUUACACAAGCAGAGAAAUAAGCCUCAGCAAGCUCUUCAGGAAGACCUUCCAACAGUAAUGGAACCUUUAGUGGAAGUCACCAAACAGGAGCCCCCAAAACCUUUAAGGUUUCUUCCUGGGGUAUUGAUUGGCUGGGAAAAUCAGCCUUCUACUAUGGAAUUAGCAAAUAAACCUCUCCCUGUGGAUGAUAUACUUCAGAGCCUUCUGGGCACUACUGGUCAAGUAUAUGAACAGGCUCAGUCAGUGCAAGAACAAAACACUCUUAAAGAAAUUCCAUUUAUAAAUGAGCACGCCAACCCCAAAGCAGAGAAAAUAGAUAAAGUAGAAGCAACCGAUGGUGAAGCUAAGGAGUUAAAGGUUAAAGUAGAUAAUCUUGCAGAACCUACAGGUAAUUCAGGACUAAUAGGAGAAGAAACCUCAGUAAUGGGGCCCUCCUCUGUUUCUCCUGGACCUUUGACCAGUCUUAGUCUCAGAGGUAAACCACCCGAUGUUUCUACAGAAGCAUUCCUAACAAAUUUAUCAAUUCAGUCAAACCAAGAGGAAACUGUGGAGAGUAAAGAGAAAACAUUAAAAAGACAGCUGCUGCAAGAUCAAGAGAAUAAUUUGCAAGAUAAUCAGACUUCAAAUAAUAGUUCUCCAUGCAGGUCGAAUAUAGGAAAAGGAAACACAGAUGGUACUGUGAGUUGCAGUGAAAACCUUGUUGCGAAUAUGGCAAGGUCCCCACAGUUUAUCAAUCUGAAAAGGGAUCCUAGGCAAGCGGCAGGACGAAGUCAGCAGGUAACUGCUUCAGAAAGCAAAGAUGGAGAUAGUUGCGGGAAUGGAGAAAAGCACACCCCGCCUGGUCUGUCACAAAAGGAGCACUUAACAGAACAAAUCAAUAUAGAGGAAAAAGUGUCUUCUGUAGAGAAGAACUCAAGUGUUCAGCAGAGUGAUAAUUCAGGGGUUGCACAAAACUCAGCAUCAAUAGAAGACACUUCUCAAAUAGAACAAGCAAAACCUGUAGAGGACAAUAUUUUAAUGCAAAAUAUUGAAACUGUGCACCCAUUUCGAAGAGGAUCGGCAGCAACGUCUCAUUUUGAAGUGGGAAACACGAGUCAGUCAGAAUUUCCUUCUAAAAGCAUCAACUUCACUUCUAGAAGCACCAGUCCCAGAACAAGUGCAAACUUUCCACCCAUGAGGCCACAGCAACCCAACCUUCAGCAUCUCAAGUCUAAUCCCCCUGGAUUUCCAUUUCCAGGGCCUCCUAAUUUCCCCCCACAAAGCAUGUUUGGAUUUCCACCACAUUUGCCUCCCCCAUUACUUCCCCCUCCAGGCUUUGGCUUUGCUCAAAAUCCCAUGGUUCCCUGGCCACCUGUUGUUCAUCUGACAGGCCAGCCUCAGCGUAUGAUGGGUCCUCUUUCACAAACAUCAAGGUAUAUAGGCCCACAAAAUUUUUAUCAGGUUAAAGACAUUCGAAGGCCAGAAAGGCGCCAUAGUGACCCUUGGGGUAGGCAAGACCAACAGCAACUGGAUAGGCCAUUUAAUAGGGGCAAAGGGGAUCGACAGAGAUUUUAUAGUGAUUCACACCACUUGAAAAGAGAGCGACAUGAAAAGGAAUGGGAGCAAGAAUCCGAAAGGCAUAGACGCAGAGACAGAACCCAGGACAAGGACAGAGACAGAAAAAGCAGGGAGGAAGGGCACAAAGAUAAAGAGAGGGCACGGUUAUCACAUGGUGAUCGAGGAUCAGAUGGAAAAGCAAGCAGAGAUAGUAGGAAUGUAGACAAAAAACCUGAGAAACCUAAAAAUGAAGACCAUGAAAAGGACAAAGAACGAGAGAAAGGUAAACAUAGAGAAGGAGAAAAGGACAAAGAUAGGUACCACAAAGAUAGGGACCACACUGACAGAGCUAAAAGCAAAAGGUAAAAUAUGCGGGCUGCUUCCAGAUUACAUUUAAGUCAAUGUUAAAUGUUGUAUCUUUAGAACUUUAUGAUUGCCUGCUAGGAUUGUGCCAUCUUUCAAAUUUUUAAUGUUGGUGGUUUGCAGAACCAUAAACUCUGUGUGUUGGUGCAGAGUGCUCUGUACCAGUGCUAAUCAUCCCUCCUUUGUACCAACUGUCUCUAGUAAUAGGAAUUUAAUAUUUUUAAAAGUUUUACAUUGCUGUAUAUUCAAAGAUUUGUUUUAUUAAUAUACAAUAAAGGCUUAGAAAUUUUAGUUUUAUUCCUUAAUUGGUAAAUAUGGUUAACUAUGGAAUAUAUUUACUGCCUCUAGUGAAUGUUCUUUAUAUGACUAAUUUGAGAGUAAUGUGUGAUCUGUAAGUUUGUUUUAAAUUGCACUGUUUUUAAAGAAACUAUAGAGAAGCAAGAAAAAGGCAAGCGACUUCAUAACCAGAUUAUAUUAAUCAGUUUCUUGAGCAUUUUUUGACCAAGAAUGAGAAUCCCAAGGAGUACAUUUACUGCUUUAAUCUGCACUCAUUGAAGGCAUUUAUUAUCAUAUAUACUACAGCUUUGUGGUAGGCCAUUAUUUUCCUUUUCUUUUUUGGCUCUUCAGAAACUUGAAUACUUAAGCUUGUACAUGAUAUUGUGUUUUGCUAUCCUUUUUACUGUAAAAUGUAAAUAUUUUAAGGGAUAUUUUGAUUCUAAAUACGAUAAAAGAAUUUCUCACCUAUUUUGUGUGUGUGACUUGAAAUUCAGUAGUAAAAGAAUUUCUUCUUUAAAGCUUUAAUAACCUUCAGACAUUGUUUUUUUUACUCAGCCAAGAACAUACAUAUAAGCAUAACUAUGUGUCAGGCAUUAGAUGAGGAGGAAACUGAUUUCUUUGUCUUAAGUUAUAGGCUGUUGAUAAAAAUCAUGUAGUUCUGAAGAGGCUAGAAUUUAGAACUACCAGUGAAAAACUGCAGCUGUAGCCCACUUUAUAGAAAUGUUUCUGAAGACUUGAUACUAUCAAAAUUUGGUACACUGACUAAUCAUUGUAAGACCACAGAACUUUUAUUUACAAGAAACAUUGUGGAUCUCUUUGUAAAAUGUGUAAUUAACCCUAAUUUUUUUGGUGGGGGGAUGGUAACUGCAAUUUCAUAUGCUGGCUUUGCUUCAAAUGCAAAGCACAUGGAGGCUAUUGUUAAUACAAAUCUAAAUUUAUUUCCAAUGUAACUACAUACUGUAUUGAUACAAUUUAAAACAAUGGCUACCAAAUGAUAUUAGCACUUGAGGCCAAAAAAAGAGGAGAGAAAAGCUAGUAAUUUACCUUGUCUAUAUUAAUGAAGAAAAAUAAAAAAUGGCUUCACAAAAUUAAGAGGUAAUAAUAAUGUUUGGUUUCCUAAAAAGUCUAAGGAUUAGAGUUAAAAAUACAUUUUGAAAUGGAAUCAGCUUUGUUAUUCUCACUGGAGAGAUAAGGAAUGGAAAUUUAAAACCAUACAUUUUGUCUAAUUUUAACAAAUUGCAUCUUUUUUUUUGUCAUCCUUAUCACCUCUGACAUUUUUUAUCAUAAAAGUUCUGAAACAGAGGACUUGUAUUUAAAUAAAAUUUGUUUAAUUUUGGUCUACUUUUUUUUUUUUAAUGAACUUAUUAGAAAGCAGUCUACAAGCAAACAAACCGUCAGUGGGUCAUCUUUUACACCAUUAUAAAGAAAUUGUUACCAGGAUUCCUUCCAUCUCACCCACCCCCUGUUUCAAAAAAAACCCCACC